UAAUGUUCAAGGACAAACCAGAGAGGGAAGGUAGCUGGGAUCGAUAACUGAGUUUACAAUCCCAAUACGAUAGAGAACCUUUUCAGAUCUGUUACCUCAGAUUUCCUUUUCUUCAGUUUCUCUCCCAGAGAAACUCAAAGCUCGCCGUGAGAUUUCUGUAGAGGGACCCAGUCUCUGCUUCUCCAGCUCUUCCGCAAAUCGAACAAGAUAACAACCUCUGGGCAGUCAUUGCCUUCCUCUGCUUCUGCAGAAAUUCCUCAAUCUUUCUUCCAGACGUAAUCUAGUUUCUAAGUUAAAUUUAUAGUUGACCCUCUCACCAGAUCACCACUUUCUCUGAAUUGAUCUCAAAACAUUGGAAUAUCGUAUCUAUAUCUAAAUCAAAUAAUUCAAAAUGGGUCUCUCAAGCCUCCCUGCUCCAUCUGAAGGAGUUCUCUGCAUCCUCAUAGUAAACACAGCUCUAUCCAUCUCAAUCUUCAAAGGCAUACUCCGGUCCAUCCUUCACAUAGUUGGCAUCAGAUUAUCAUCAACAUCAUCAGAUACCGAUGAGACCACACCAGAGUCAUUUAUGUUCAAUUUAACCCCAUCAAAUACCUUGAUAGAGGAAUUCCGGAACCGAACUCCGGCGAUCCGGUUUGGCUCUGUCUUCAAAUGCCAAUCUGAACAAGAGUGUCCUGUCUGUCUCAAUGGAUUUGAACCGGACUCGGAGAUAAACCAUCUGUGUUGUGGCCACUUUUUCCACAAGGUUUGUUUGGAGAGGUGGCUAGAUUACUGGAACAUUUCCUGCCCACUCUGUAGAACUCCAUUGUUGCCAGAAGAAGAAGCCACUUGCAUUUGGUGAAUGUGCCAUGAAUGAGAAUUGAGAAGCUCACCUGGGUUCUUUCUGGUGUGUAAGUCUCUAUACAUGGAUCCCAUAUCACUCAAUGUCGAGUCAGUGUACAUAGCAGUUUUGUACAGGACUUUAAUGUUAGCGACUAGGUUGUUUGUCUGUGUUUUUGCCGCGUAUUUUUUCAAGGCUCCUUGUAACCUUGUAACCUUGUACGCGGCUGCUUUGUAACAGAAGUUAUAUUGUACAUAGAGAAGUUCUCAUCCUAAAUGAUCUCUUUUUGAGUA